AUGACCGGCCGCCCCUCCGCCGCGCCCCCCGGGGCUCGGAGUCGCCGCUGCUUCGGCGGGCACCGGGCGGGGGCUGCGGGCACGUGCACGGCGGUGCGGGCCGGGCGCGCUCGGGGCACGCUGCCCCCGCGCCCCCAGCGCGCCGCAGGCGGGGGCGACGGGGAGGGCUGCGCCGCUUCCUCGCCGUCCCCCCCACCACGGCAGGAUUCAGCGGGCUCCGCCGAGCAGCCAUUUUCUGCAGCUGCUUCUCCACCAGAGCUCAGCCGAGCGGCGGGACCGGGCGGCGGCACAGCCCAGGGGACCCCCGCCCCGCUGCCCUCCGCCGGGACGGGCGGCCCCGAGCCCGGGCGGGCGGGGCCGGGGGUGGCCGGGCUACGCCGCAGGGCUCGCCGUGACAAUCCCACCCUUUCCCCGCCAUUUUGUUACCGUGCUGGCGUUUUCCCAAAGCAGAGACUGAGCGGGAGCCUUGGGAACGGGCCCCCGUUGUGCCGGGGCGGGCGCCCCCCGCGACCCGUGUCCCCGUUCCCUCCCACCCCCGCCGCGCCGCACCUGGCAGCGGGGCUGGUCCCGGGACGCGCGGCCACCGCCGGCACCUUCCCACCGGGAUCGCCUCGCGCCCCUCGCCCGCAGCACCCGAGGGUCGUGACUGCCCGGAUCCGUGCAGGACCCUGUCACGCGGGGCUGGCACCGAGUCCCGGGCCGCUGGCCCCAAGAGGAGGAUGCCGGUGCGCGGUCCCCGGCUUCCCUUCCCGAUGGACCGGGGACGGGGGGGCUGGUCACCGCCUUCCGCCCUCCCCGUGGGCAGCGCAAGUGCCCUGGCGGCCGAGGGGACAGUCCCAUCGGGGAGGGUCCGCCGCGGGGCCGUGCCGCCCGGCACAGCACCCUUCCGCCUUGCCCGGUCUCGGUGGCGGUCCCGGCUCUCCGCGGGACCGACCCAGGCUCCCUCGCGGGAAACCCGUGGGGACAGUGGUUGGCCCACGCGAGGCCGGGCACCCCGUCGGGGCUUACGGCAUGGCCAGACCGCCGAGGAGGGUGGCAGGGGAACCGGAGGGAGGUGGCCGGGACGAACCGCGGGACAGCCCUGGCGGCGCGGGGACGGGCGGGCAGGACAGCGAAUGCCCCGACGGGGGCGGCCGGUCCCUCCACCCGCGCGGGGUUGAUGAGCGCCGGGUUGACACCAGCCGCAGAACCCCGCCGGGGGGUGCACGCCCCUCUCCCACGGCUGCAUUCCCGGCUCGGGGGAGGCGGUCGGAUGUGACAAUACGCGGGGGACCCCGGUGCGGCGGCGACGGAUGCUCCGUGCGAGUGGGAGCGGAGCGCGGCGGGGCCGGUGCGUGCCCCGGGCUGGGCCUCCGGAGCCGAGCGGCGGCGGAGGGCGGAGAACGAGCGGGGAAGGAGGGGGCUCCUGCAGUGCUGCAAUGCAGCGCCGCGCCGAGCCCGCCGGCCCGGCCGCGCUCCGCCGCCCGUCACUGCGGCAAUGCGGAUGGAAGCCCCGCCCGGGCUGGGCCGAACCGGUCCGGGCAUCCCCUGCCUGGUCGGGCCGCACCCUGCCCCACACGCGCCGGGCUGCCGCUCUCCCCCGCUUCCUCGGCCCCGUUUCGUUUUCCUCCUGCCCCUGCCGGGACCGCGGGACGUUUCCUCCCGCGGCGGGACGCAGCCGGCUUAUGUCCCCAGGACGGCCCGCUCGCCCUCUGUUUGGGGGCUCGGAGGGACCCUCAUCCUGCCUCCGGCGCCGAACGCCGGCGGACGCCGCCAGCAGCCACCCUGGGGGCCCCCUCCAGCACCCCGACUUCUCUCUGCGUCUCCCCUCGACGCCGGGACUUGCGAAGUCCCCGGUGCUGCACCCACUCGGGGCGGAUCCCUGGUCUCUGCCCUGCUCCGUUCCAGUUUCUCCCGGGAGAAUCUCCCUCCUCCCUACCUAUCCUCCCCCACGGUCUCUGUGUCCCCAUCUCCUUCUCAUUGUCCCCGCUGACCCCGCUGCUCAGUCCAGCAGCAAUCAGCGCUGCGGGGCCCCACGCGGGGUGGGGGGUCCCACCUCGGCUUCGCUUCCCCGCGGCUGCCAUCAGACACUCGGAAUCGCAGCACCGCGGCCGCUCGUGGGAGCACCCGGUGAGCGGGAGCCCCGCGCCGCAGCCGCCUCUCCCCCCCUUCCCGAGGUGCCCGUGUGUGGUGAUGUGCGGGCAGAGCCCUGUGCCACAGCUCCCGCUGGCACCGAGAGAGCGGCGGUGCCCGCCGCGGAGCUUUGCCGGGAACUCCUCGGCCAGUGCUGAAUGCGUCCGGGGGCAGAGCGACCCCUGA